AGGUACAAGGCCAUUGUGAAGUACAAGACGGCGUUUUACUCCUUCUACCUCCCCGUGGCCGCCGCCAUGUACAUGGUUGGUAUCAACAGCAAGGAGGAGCACGACAACGCCAAAGCCAUCCUGCUGGAGAUGGGGGAAUACUUCCAGAUCCAGGAUGAUUACCUGGACUGCUACGGGGACCCUGCCCUGACGGGGAAGGUCGGCACCGACAUCCAGGACAACAAGUGCAGCUGGUUGGUGGUGGAGUGUCUGCGCCGGGUCACGCCGGAGCAGCGGCGGAUCCUGGAGGAGAAUUAUGGCUGCAAGGAGCCCGAGAAGGUGGCGAAGGUGAAGGAGCUCUACAGUGCCCUGGGCAUGGAGGCGGCUUUCCGGGAGUACGAGGAGCGCAGCUACCGGCGGCUGCAGGAGCUGAUCGGGCAGCACGCCCGGCGCCUGCCCCGGGACAUCUUCCUCGGCCUCGCCCAGAAGAUCUACAAGCGGCAGAAAUGAUGGGGGGGGGCCUGGCCGGGGGCUGCCGGGCCUUUGCUGAGUGGUGGGGGGGCAUCACCCCCCGCCUGGAGCUGCUCCGUGCCCUGGGUGGGGCCGGAGGCGGGUUUUAGAGGGUGCGAUGGGAUGGCCGGGGGAGGUGGUUCAUCGAUCGCCCCCCCCGCCCGUGUGUGUCAAUAAACAUAAGUUAUUGUGGGUGC